CAAACUCAAAGUGUUCCAACUUUUAUCAAGCCCAUUUUAAGAAGAGCCCAAAUUUGAAUUACAAACCCUAGAUUAACGAAAUGCUAUAACCUAUAAGUAUACACUACAAUCUCUCAACCCUAACAUGCUCUCUGACAUCAAAGAUGUCGAAGCGAGGACGAGGAGGAUCGGCGGGGAACAAGUUCCGUAUGUCACUCGGUCUUCCGGUGGCAGCGACGGUGAACUGUGCGGAUAACACCGGAGCUAAAAAUCUCUACAUCAUUUCCGUCAAAGGCAUCAAGGGCCGAUUGAACAGAUUACCAUCGGCAUGUGUCGGAGAUAUGGUAAUGGCUACAGUUAAGAAAGGAAAGCCCGAUCUUCGUAAGAAAGUUAUGCCUGCUGUUAUCGUCAGACAACGCAAACCAUGGCGUCGAAAGGAUGGCGUCUUCAUGUACUUCGAAGAUAAUGCUGGUGUUAUUGUGAAUCCUAAAGGAGAAAUGAAAGGUUCUGCCAUUACUGGACCAAUUGGGAAAGAGUGUGCUGAUUUAUGGCCAAGGAUUGCAAGUGCUGCUAAUGCUAUUGUUUAAAUCACACAUUUUUGUAAUGACAAAUAUAUGACGUUUUUUUAUUUUCUGAAUGCCAAUUUACCUGUGCAAACUAAUAUAGUGAAAAUUUAGAUGUUUUUGAAAGUAA